AUGUUCUCCCAGAGCCGCGAUUGCGCCGGCGCCUCGUACAACGCCGGCUUCCACCCGAUGUACUACCACCACGCGCAGGGCGGCGGCUACGCCGACCUCAACCUGCCGUACGGCGGCGGCGGCGGCGGUGGCGCGCUGCAGUACCCGGCCGACGGCUACUGGAACAAUUACCGCACCGUCAUCGGCGGCUACGACGACUGGCACGCUCAGGGCUUCCCGGCGCGCGAGAGCUGGGAGUGGCUGGACCGGAACUCGUACCCGUCGACGGCGCGCCCCCCGCCAGGCAAAACCCGCACAAAGGAUAAGUACCGCGUGGUGUACAGUGACGCCCAGCGGCUGGAACUGGAGAAGGAGUUCCGCUACAACAACUACAUCACCAUCAAGCGGAAGCUGGAGCUGUCCAGGAUCCUGGGCCUGACGGAUCGGCAGGUGAAGAUAUGGUUCCAGAACCGCCGCGCUAAGGAACGCAAGCAGAAAAGACGGAUGGAGGAGACGGCGAAACGGCAGCUAAUCGACCUGCAGCAGCAGACCAACUCCUCAGCCGACAUGCAGAUGAACAUCAACCAUUCCCACCUGCAGGGUGUGCACGGCCUGCUACCCCUGCACCGGCAGACGUCUGGAGCGGCGGCCGGCGCGGCCGAGGCCGGCCGCUACCCGCGCUACUCGGUCCCCUCCGGCCACCCCAUGCACCCCGAGAUGGUGGCGCCGCCCCACCCGCAGCAGCAGCAGCAGCAACAACAGCAGCAGCCACCGCAGCAGCCGCCACCGCAGCCACACCAGCACCACCCGCAGCAGCACGUGGUGGCGAAGAGUGAGCCCCGCGAAGUCGAGCCGGCCUUCUAAAGGCAACCGGCGAGGGGUGGCGGGGCCGGCGCCUCGGCCG